CACGCAGCCGAUCGAGCGCCCACAACGUCGAUCUGCUGACCGUCACACAGCUACCUGCCGCCCGCCGCCCGCCGCCCGCCGGCACACAUCAACCGUCGCCCACGGCCGGACAGCAGCACGGUCUCACGCGGCAAUGGAUCGGAAUCACACGCAGCUAGCAGUGGCAUUGGCGAGCCAGCCCAGGCAACAGGCAAAUGAGCUCCUUUUGUGAAUUCCACUAAAUCCCUGCAAGCUGCAUAAGUAAAAAAAAUCUUUGAAUCAUUCCCAAUCUCCCACCCCUAAAUUUCACUUCAGUCUUCGUCUGUUCAUCCCAUUAUUACCAAUUUGGUAGCAUAACUCCGCACAUUAACAAACAUUUUAAAUAGCGCCCUCUGCCGAUAAGAGGCUUAGCGCGCUAUUUAAAACUAUGGUUUAUAUCUACUCACUUGAUCUUGUGACCAAUGGGAACAGAAGAUACUGAUUAAUGUAAAUGAUUCAGAAUUCUAUCUUUGUGUCUGUUCUUCUUUUGCUUGGCCCACCCAGCAAUUUGUUUGUAGGUCCGCCACUGCAAAGAGGCCACCCCCUUUAAACCCUAGAUCGAUCUGGUUCCAUUCAAGUUUUGUAGUUUACAGCUUAUAACAUGUAAAUCCUCGAUCCAUUAAUUUCCUUUCUUCCCCUCACUUCUCUUUGGUGCAGAUGCGCGUAGGAGAGGAGAUGGAUCCAUGGAUAGACCCGCGCAUAGCCCUUGCGAAGCAAUAUCCGGGAUACGACAUCUCGGAAUUGGAUCACCUUGUCGAGGACGAGAGUCUUCAAGUCAAGUACAUCCCGGAGCGCAUGAAGGUACUCUUCGAGACGCCAUCAGGCUUUGCAAUCUUCGCCAUUGACUCGGGAUACCUCUAUGACAUCGGCAGCGACUACACCGGCAUUGAGACCAUUUGGGUUCACUGUGUUGAUGAGGACUCUGCGGAUUUUUUCGUCUGGCUAAAGAGAUUCCUGAAGCUUACCAACAGGUCCACUGCCAUCAGUACUACUGGUAUUGAUGAAAGCCUUGCCAAGCUUAUUGAGGAGGAGUGCAAUAGAGGGCAGAAACUAAUUGUCGGUGAAUCUGCAUACAAAGAAGUUAUUGAAGCUCAACUGGAAAUUCCCUGUGUAUGUGAUGAAGCAACGGAGGAGCUGAUGUGGGGCCUGCACAACCUGUUGCACGAUUUAGUGCCCGAAGAGAAAUCGAAGUUCGGCAAGCAGGAUCGCAAGUACCACAGCAAAAAACUACUUGACUUCCUGCAUAGAAAUGUCUCUGAAGACAUCAAGCCUGAAAUGAUCAAUGGAAAGAUUGCUUUAUUGGCGUCCGUCAUGCGACGUUGUGACGUGGCCAGCAAGGAGUACUCCGACAGCUUGCACCAGGUUGAUAAUGUUGUCGAGGAGAGAUCUGGCCUCAAGACUGACUGUUGGGACACUGUGACAUACGCGACAGCUCUAAUGACGUUGAUUGGAGAAUCUGUAGUCAUGCCUGAUGGGAUGUUCAAUUCUGCUGAAAAGGAUGCCAUACUUGAGGGGGUAGGCAAAUACAACGACAAGCUCAUCAAGGCCAGCAUCCAGAAAAUAUACCGGAAAGCUGUGCAAGCUAACAAUCUUCAAUUUGCAAAGCUGCGUGAGCUCAAGACUCUUCUUGAUAAGGCGAAAGAAGGGCGUGGAGAGGUGUUGGGUGAGGUGCCACAGGUGUCAAGUCCGAAGAAGAUUUGCCAGGAGGAGGCUGAAGGUGACGAACAGAGGAAGAAGCUCAAGGUAACUGACGGUGAUGCUGAUUGAUACGGUCACAAGAGUGGCACAGCGAUCGCUUAAAACAAAUUUGAAACAGCCGGAACUCAACAUCAUGUACUCUGUUAAUUACUUUCUUAGCUAUGCUUGCUUGCAUUGUAGCCAAAACUUUUCUCCUCCAACUCAGCAUUUGGCGGCACACCUAAGAUAGCACCAUUUU